AAAUAAUAAGAAAGAAAGAAGAAGAAGAAAAGAUGGCUGGAAAAGUGGUUGCAAUGACGGAUAACAAUGCUAUGAAAACGGAGGCCGAGUGUCAACCUUUAACUUAUGACAGGGAAGUCCGUUCGGACUUGGAAACUCACCUUCCUAAACCUUAUUUGGCGAGGGGAUUGGUAGCUCCAGAUAGAGAGCAUCCAAACGGGACAUUGGGCCACAGACCCAAUGGGAUGACUGUUCUCCAGCAGCAUGUUGCUUUCUUCGAUCAAAAUGGUGAUGGGAUUAUAUACCCAUGGGAGACCUAUGUGGGAAUGCGUAAGUUAGGAUUCAAUAUGCUGAUAUCGCUGCUCGCUGCCCUGUUUAUCAAUAUCGGAAUGAGCUAUCCUACCCUCCCUGGGUGGUUGCCUUCACCCUUCUUCCCCAUAUACAUUUACAAUAUACACAGGGCGAAGCAUGGAAGCGACUCGGCGACUUACGAUACCGAAGGGAGGUACAUGCCGGUACACUUCGAGAAUAUGUUUAGCAAGUAUGCUAAAACGGUGCCGGACAAGCUCACUCUUGGAGAGAUUUGGAACAUGACUGAGGGGAAUCGACUAGCUUUUGAUCCCUUUGGAUGGACUGCUGCUAAGUUAGAGUGGGCAAUACUGUAUGCACUUGCUAAGGACGAGGAAGGUAUGUUGUCAAAGGAGGCGGUCAGGCGUUGCUAUGAUGGCAGCAUAUUCGAGUAUUGUGCCAAGAUGAACAGGGAUGCGCAUGAAAAAAUGUAUUGAACAUGAAAAUGAUAUGUUUAUGUGAUAGUAUGUUUAAUUACUUGGAUUGAGGUAAAUGUAAGCUCGAGUGUUUUAGAACAUACAUGCUUAUGUAAAGUCAUAAAUAAGAGCGUAUAGAGGCGGCGUUGCCUCUGUGA